AUGACCUUCUUCUCCCUCCUUCGCCGCGAGUGCAACGGUGACGAUACACUCUCUAGCUGCACAAAGCCCACCAGCCGAGCACUGACAGUCGGUGUUCCAGCCGCGAUCACUGGAUUCCUCCUCUUGACAGCUAUAAUCGUCCUCGUCGUCCUCUAUUUCAAACGGCAGCGCAGAGACGAUCGCGAAGAUCUAGAAGAGCACAACCGCUCCUCGGGUUUCUACGGUCGCGACGGGCAAGGCCGAUUCGGCGCCCAGGCACCAGGCCAGCACCAGCGCGGCGCUCCAACAAGCUCGCGUCGCAGUUCGGGCGAGUCCUUCUUUGAUUACAAGCAAGAGGACUUUGGGCGGUAUCAUAUGGCGUCGUUCCAGGAGCCCGAGGCGCCCAAGCCUACUGCUACUUCUACCACGAGAGUUGUUUCAUAG